AUUGUAUAGUACACAUUUAUGCGUGUCAUCGAAUUCCUUCGUCUGCGACACAACGAGAAAAACGAGGUUUCUGGUGCAGUGUUUGCGACUAUCCCACCAGCCCAUUACUCCCACUCUUACGAUAGUUACAGCUGAUUCGUGAUACAAUAAGGUGAUGUAACAUAUCGCUUGGGUUCCGAAACAAGAGAUGCCGGUUCUUGCUGAAACCUCAGCGCUGGAACCGUACGUACAGCAACAGCAGCAGCAGCGUGCCGUGUUUCUUGGUCGGUCGGUGCUUGGCGUCGAGUGCCAUAAUUAACUUCUCGCGUUUUUGUUUUGUUUGGGCCGCUACGACGCUAGUGUUUCUUCGCUUGAAAGAAGAGACAACAACCCUUCCCUCGGUUUUCAGGCUAGAGUUAAGAGUAUAAUCACCUCCAGGUACACACGCAUGCAAACUCAUGGCUGCCUUUGUGUUGACGCGUGCCAGGAGCAUAGCUCACUUGGCAUAUGGCUUGCGGUACAUUCGAACGCAGGUCGCGUCACCGUUGCUUUCAAAGGAGAACUAUGACUAUGAUCUGGUGGUGAUCGGUGGUGGAUCCGGUGGGCUGGCCUGCGCCAAACAGGCGGUCCAGCUGGGCGCCAAGGUGGCCGUGCUGGACUUCGUAAAGCCAUCGCCGCAAGGCACCCGCUGGGGGUUGGGCGGCACCUGCGUCAACGUGGGCUGCAUCCCGAAGAAGCUGAUGCACCAGGCGUCUCUGCUCGGCGAGGCGAUCCACGAUUCGCAGACGUACGGGUGGCAGUUCGCCAACCCGGGCUCAGUGCGCCACGAUUGGGCUGCGCUGACCGAGUCGGUCCAGAAUCACAUAAAGUCAGUCAACUGGGUAACGCGGGUCGACCUGCGCGACCAGAAGGUGGAGUACGUCAACGGGUUCGGUUACUUCCGCGAUGCGCACACGGUGGUGGCGCGCAUGAAGAACGACACCGAGCGCGAAUUACGUACCAAGCACGUGGUGAUAGCGGUCGGUUGUAGGCCGCGCUAUCCCGACAUUCCCGGUGCGCUCGAGCACUGCAUUACGAGCGACGAUAUCUUCAGCCUCCCGCGGGCACCCGGCAAAACGCUGCUGGUUGGUGCCGGUUACAUCGGACUAGAGUGUGCUGGUUUCCUCAAAGGGCUCGGCUACAAUGUGACGGUGAUGGUGCGCUCGAUACUGCUGCGCGGCUUCGACCAGCAGAUGGCCACCAUGAUCGGGGACUCGAUGGUCGAGAAAGGCAUACGGUUCCACCACAAAACGCGCCCACUAGCCGUGGAGAAGCAACCGGACGGGAGGCUGCUGGUGCGCUACGAGACGGACGGGGCCAGCACCGCUGAGGACACGUUUGACACGGUGCUGUUCGCGAUCGGACGUCAGGCGGGAACCGACACGCUGCAACUGGGCAAGGCCGGUAUCGUCACGGCCGACGAUGGCAAAUCGGAUAAGCUGGACGUGAACGACGAGAGCCACCGGACGAACGUGGAGAACGUGUACGCGGUCGGUGACGUACUGUACCGGAAGCCCGAACUGACACCGGUUGCGAUCCAUGCCGGGCGCAUCAUCGCCCGUCGCCUCUUCGGUGACUCCAGCGAAUCGAUGGACUACCGAGAUGUGGCCACCACCGUUUUCACGCCGCUCGAGUACGGGUGCGUCGGGCUGAGUGAAGAAGCGGCUGAGGCGACCCACGGCAAGGACAACAUCGAAGUGUACCACGCCUACUACAAACCGACCGAGUUCUUCGUGCCGCAGCGCUCCGUACGCUACUGCUACCUGAAGACGGUCGUGUUGCGUGAGGGCGACCAGCGGGUGCUGGGGCUGCACUUCCUCGGACCGGCCGCCGGUGAGGUGAUCCAAGGGUUCGCUACUGCCCUAAAGUGCGGCCUAACGAUGAAGGUGCUGCGAAACACGAUUGGCAUCCAUCCGACGGUCGCCGAAGAGUUUACACGACUUGCCAUCACCAAGAGCUCCGGUCUCGAUCCUACCCCGGCCACCUGUUGCAGCUAAGCCAUCAGCCAUCCUCCCUCUUGUAUCUGUCCCCUCUCUACAAUCAGCAGCGCACCUCAUGAACAGCAGCAUAACGGUUUGGAUGUUUGGAAAUUAAUAGAAAAUCGGAUCAUAACACAAUAACCCCCCCCCCCCCCCCCCUUUGUGUGGCCGCUUUGAACCACUAUUGGAUUUGGAUCUCUACCUCUUUCUAUCUCAGAUCCCUCCAUUCUAAGACAGAUUCAAUCUAAUUGAGCCAAGGUGUGCUAUGCGUGUGUGAUUGCAGUGUGUUAUCGUAUCAAAAAAAAUAACCGGCUUCCGGAUUUGAGUAAAGGAGAAUACACAGGGACCUACCGCGGAAAACGGGAAAUGAAUCGUAUUUAAAUACAAAAAAAAAACAAAAUAAAAAGCCUCAAGCAUAGAUGCACUGAAACAUUAAUUGGCAAUAAAACAAAGAAGAGCACUGCUGGUA